GUGGAAUGAACCCACCAUCUCAAUCUGUCACCCACAGUUCUACAUAUCCAAAUGAAGAUCGCUUCUUGAUCCUUCUGAAAUCCAAGCAAAUCGAAAUAUGCAGAAAUACGGAGAUCGAAAGCACGAUGAUGCCGGUGUCACCACCAUCGUCAAGCAGGGCGGUGAGAGUCAGCGGUUGGUAGACAAGACGGUUAAAGAUCUGAUGGGGAAACAGAGACUGGUGGAGGUGCCAUACAUGGCCACUGUGGGCGACACCAUGAACACACUCGUCGCCAACAGGGUGGUGGCGGUGCCAGUGGCCGCACCUCCGGGACACUGGAUAGGGGCUGGUGGGUCCAUGAUUAUGGAGGCUGAUAAGCAGACAGGAGGGGUGAGGAAGCAUUACAUUGGGAUGGUCACCAUGCUGGAUAUCGUGGCACAUAUUGCUGGUGAUCAUGAGGAUGAAACCGGCGGAGGUGUUCAUGGUGUAUCUGAUCUUGAUAAGAAGAUGACAGUUCCGGUGUCGUCAAUCAUUGGGCACUGUCUUGAGGGCCUUAGUUUGUGGACUCUGAACCCAACCACAAGCAUUUUGGAUUGUAUGGAACUGUUUAGCAAGGGAAUCCACCGUGCACUUGUUCCGGUGGAUGGCCAAAUGGAGAAUGUGGCCAGAGUGGAACUGGUGGAGUCUGCAUCAUCUUAUCGAAUGCUCACACAAAUGGAUUUAUUGAGGUUCCUCAGAAAGUACCAUUCCUCUGAGCUGCAGGGCAUCCUAUCAUGCAGCAUCAAGGAAUUAGGAGCAGUAAAUGAGAACGUCUACGCCAUAACAGAUCGUACCACAGUUAAGGACGCCAUAAAAUGCUUGAAGACUGCUCUCCUCAAUGCUGUUCCCAUAGUUGAGGCCUCUGGUUCUCGCCAAGAAGAUCUCACUGAAGUUACAUACGGGAAAGGGAGGAAGCCAAUAGGUACAUUUUCUUCCACGGAUUUGAAGGGAUGCCAUUUCUCUACACUACAAACAUGGUUGCCUCUGAAUGCACUACAAUUCACGGAGCAGGUGUCUAGAAGCCCUUUGUAUGAAGAUUCCAAUGAAGGUAGGCCGCGGAGGGAAUUAGUAAUGUGCCAGCUAGAGUCUCCCCUUUCAGAAGCAAUAGAGAAGGCUGUAUCUAAACAUGUACACCGAGUUUGGGUGGUGGAUCAACAGGGCUUACUUGUUGGGCUGAUCUCCCUCACUGAUAUGAUCAAAGUGAUGAGGUCUUGCUUGCUAUCCAAAGCAGUUUAGAAGGUGUAGUUUAGUGUUUAGCUUUCUGUGCCGUUUUGGAAUUUUGUCAAGAUGUUUUGAAAUAUUUUGCUUGAAACUUGGUGAGUACUGAUUAAGCUUUCAGGUAGCUUAAUUAAUUGGUGCACCUUUU